AGCCAUGUACUAUAUGUGUAAAGCAAACAGAGAAAGUCACUACUUCCAGUCAGAUGCAGGACACAUUACUAAGCAGAUUCAGACCCACUUGGAAAAUCCAACUGGAUAUCACAUUCAGCAAACUCAGAGUCAUCAUGUAAAGCAGUACCUAACACUGGAUACCAAGCUGUCUAGCCAAACUCUAUCACUAUCUCAUUCCCAUUCAAUCCAUUCCACAGGAUCUACACCCAUAUUACAGAGAGGGCAUAUGCCUCCUACCAGUAUCAGCACUCCUGGGAGUACAACUCUUGGAGGAGAACAUGAAAAUGUGAUGGAGGAAGUUAUUGAUGACAUAAUCAACAUGAAAUCGAGUUUUAAUGAUGAAGGGAUAGGUUGUUUGGAAGCACCACUUCACUUGCAAAGAACACUUUCAAGUAGCAUUCUGGAUAUAUACAACAGUGACCAAGGAAUGCCAGUUGUUAAUAUGGGUCUCACAAAUACGUCCUGUCCAUCUAAGUUGCCUGUUAAAAGAGAAAUCACAGAAACAGAUACACGAGCAAUGGCAAAGGAGAGGCAAAAAAAAGAUAACCAUAAUCUCAUUGAAAGAAGAAGAAGGUACAACAUUAAUUACAGGAUCAAGGAGCUUGGUACACUUAUCCCAAAGUCUAAUGAUCCUGAUACGCGCUGGAACAAAGGAACUAUUUUAAAAGCAUCAGUGGAGUAUAUCAAGUGGCUACAAAAAGAACAACAAAGAGCCAGAGAAUUAGAACAUAGACAGAAGAAAUUACAACAGGCCAACAGGCGGCUUUUGCUUCAAAUUCAGGAACUAGAAAUACAAGCACGAGCCCAUGGCCUGCCAAUCAUGCCUUCAAUCAGCACUGUAGACUUAGCAUCCCAUGUCAUGAAACAACAGGUACAUCCAGAAGAGAAUUCAGUAGACUAUUCUCAACAUCUUGCAGUGGCCCACGAGCAACAGUCUGACCUUGGUGAUGCGUCCGCAGUCUUUUCUGACCCACUCUCACAUUUUACAGAUUUGUCUUUUAGUGCUGCUUUAAAAGAACAGAGGUUGGAUGAUAUAUUACUGGAUGAUACAAUAUCGCCAUUUGGGACAGACCCACUUUUAUCAUCUGUGUCUCCUGCUGUGUCUAAAGGGAGCAGCCAAAGAAGUAGCUUUAGUUCAGAUGAUGGAGAUGAUGUAUAACACAGAAAAGACUGCAUAGUUAAGGUGCUGCUGUUGUUUUGUUUUUACUUUUGCUAUGAUGAUAUGUAUUUAUGUUGUUGCUCAACUCAGCUAAAAAAAAGAAAGAAAAAAAGCUGUUGUUAAUAGAACCUGUCUGGGAAUAGAUAGUUUAGCUGGGUGUAGACUUCACAGAUGAAAAUUAAAAUAAAAUGCAUCUCUUUACUUGGAAGUGAUCACAGCAGCACUUAAAUUUCACAGCUGACAUUUCACAUUGAGUUGGAUCCAGAUUCGGCCAUGCUUAGAGUAAACUCAUUGAAAUAUGUGGGACUCAGUUAACAUAAAACUAAGUUAAGUCUCAUUGAUUGCAGUGUGUCUUCUCUAAACAUGACCAAGUUUGUAUGCAACCCACUCAUCCUGAUUUAUUUACUGAUAAUGCCGUAGAUAUGUGUUCUUGCAGUUUUACACCAGUAUUAUAUUCCAAAAACAAAGCUGAACUGCUGUCAGAGCAAUGCUGGGGCCCAGGGCAGCCAUACAUGACUCUAGAACUGGAGGUGACUCUAUAUUGUAUUGCUAAUUCCUGGAGCUUGAAAUCAGAGAUGGAGAAGCUGGAGCCUAAAGUUUAACAACAAGGACUUGACAACCCAAAGGGUCUGAGCAUACACAGUCCACACUAUCUCAUUAAGCUAGGCCUCAAACUCAGAAGCACUUAGUUUAAGCAUGGGACUCCCAGGAUUCUUUGGGGGAAGCCAUGAGUAUUAAAGUGGUACAAGAGUGCUUUAAAUGUAUGGUGCAGAUGUGGCCUUCAUCACUGAUAAUGAA